AUGUGCUCUAGCCGCUCCCGGAAGUGACUCGACCUUUGCAUUUCCCCCUCUUUCCCCAUUGCCGCCCCCCCACAUUGCUAUUUCCCUCCCUCCCCCCUUUUCGUUUCCGGCGCUCCCGCCUUCUCUCCGCUGCGGCUCAACUCCGAGUCAGUGGGGGGAGGGAGGGAGGGGAGGGAGGGGGCGUGGAGGAAUCGGGGUUCUCGGGAGCACGAGCUGCAGCACCACUUCCGGCAAACGCCGCCCCUCCCGCGCUCUGGCUCGGCUCUGGCGCCGCCGCAGCCGCCGCCGCCGCCUGAAAGUUCAGGAGCCCUGGAAAGGACAAGGAAUAAGACGACAGGAGGAAGAGAGAGAGAGGAUCACUUGGCGUCCCUGUGUAAGAACCAACAGGCCAUGUUUGACCCAGAAACCGCUUCUCCAGAGCCGCCGGUGGACACUAUGAAUGAAUGUAGUUUGGAGGUAGAAUGGAAGAAUCUCACUUCAAUUCUAACCCGUACUUCUGGCCUUCAAUCCCCACGGUCUCAGGACAGAUUGAGAACACGAUGUUUAUCAACAAGAUGAAGGAUCAGCUGCUGCCAGAGAAGGGCUGUGGGCUGGCUCCGCCCCACUACCCCACCUUGCUGACAGUGCCUGCCUCGGUGUCCCUGCCCUCGGGCAUCAGCAUGGACACAGAGUCCAAGUCAGACCAGCUGACCCCACACAGCCAGGCAUCGGUCACCCAGAACAUCACGGUUGUCCCCGUGCCGUCGACAGGACUGAUGACCGCCGGCGUCUCCUGUUCUCAGAGGUGGAGAAGAGAAGGGAGUCAAUCAAGGGGUCCCGGCCUGGUUAUCACGUCCCCCUCAGGCUCCCUCGUGACCACAGCCACGUCAGCUCAGACCUUCCCCAUCUCGGCUCCCAUGAUUGUCUCAGCUCUUCCCCCUGGCUCACAAGCCCUGCAGGUGGUCCCCGACCUCUCUAAGAAGGUAGCAUCCACCCUCACUGAGGAAGGCGGCGGCGGCGGCGGUGGCGGCGGCGGCGGCACCGUGGUGGCCGCUAAGCCCCCCCGGGGCCGGAAGAAGAAGCGGAUGCUGGAGUCGGGGCUGCCCGAGAUGAAUGACCCUUAUGUCCUCUCCCCUGAGGACGACGAUGACCAUCAGAAAGACGGCAAGACCUACAGGAGCGAAGGGAACUGCGGCACAGGAAAUGGACAGAGCCUUGGGCUCAUGGAUUCAGUUCCCGGCUCCACCACGAACUUGCUGUGUGACCCUGGGUGCCGGAUGUGCUCCCUGACCUUCUACUCGAAGUCGGAGAUGCAGAUCCACUCCAAGUCCCACACCGAGACCAAGCCCCACAAGUGCCCACACUGCUCCAAGACCUUCGCCAACAGCUCCUACCUGGCCCAGCACAUCCGUAUCCACUCAGGGGCCAAGCCCUACAGUUGUAACUUCUGUGAGAAAUCCUUCCGCCAGCUCUCUCAUCUCCAGCAGCACACCCGGAUCCACUCCAAGGUGCACACGGAGAUCAUCAAGCCCCACAAGUGCCCGCACUGCUCCAAGACCUUCGCCAACACCUCCUACCUGGCCCAGCACCUCCGUAUCCACUCGGGGGCCAAGCCCUACAACUGUUCCUACUGCCAGAAGGCCUUCCGCCAGCUCUCCCACCUCCAGCAGCACACACGAAUCCACACCGGGGACAGGCCAUACAAAUGUGCACACCCAGGCUGCGAGAAAGCCUUCACACAGCUUUCCAACCUGCAGUCCCACAGGCGGCAGCACAACAAAGAUAAACCCUUCAAGUGCCACAAUUGUCACCGGGCAUACACAGACGCAACCUCGCUGGAGGUGCACCUGUCCACGCACACAGUGAAGCAUGCCAAGGUGUACACCUGCACCAUCUGUAGCCGGGCGUACACGUCGGAAACGUACCUGAUGAAACACAUGCGCAAACACAACCCUCCUGAUCUCCAGCAGCAGGUGCAGGCGGCGGCAGCAGCAGCAGCGGUGGCCCAGGCCCAGGCCCAGGCCCAAGCUCAAGCCCAGGCCCAGGCCCAGGCCCAGGCCCAGGCCUCUCAGGCUUCGCAGCAGCCACAGCAACAGCAGCCACAGCCACCACACUUCCAGUCCCCUGGGACAGCCCCCCAGGGUGGGGGUGGCGGGGACAGCAACCCGAACCCUCCACCCCAGUGUUCCUUUGACCUGACCCCCUAUAAGACGGCGGAGCAUCACAAGGACAUCUGCCUCACCGUCACCACCAGCACCAUCCAGGUGGAGCACCUGGCCAGCUCGUAGAGACCUGUGCUGCCGGCCACUGGGAAGAGGGGGAGGAAGUGCCGGUCCCUCCUUUCUCCAGCUCCUCCCAGUGGGAAAAGUCCUCUUCUUCUUUGACAGGCCACAGCUCCACCUCCUUGGGCCUCAGGCGCGGCCUUCCUUCCCAGGAUACCAUCCUUAUUCUCAGCUCCUCUUCAGAAGGAACGUCAGCCCUCCCGAUGGGCAGAGGAGUACUGAGCUGGUAGCGUAAUCCGGCAGCCUCCCUGCCUAAGCAUAGCUUUUAAAAUUGGGGGUUGGUGCUCAGGGGAGGGGUUUGCUAUGACCUCAUAGAGACUAUUCCAGCGGGGCACUUACUCUCUCCUCACCCUCGUGAUCCUCCAAGCUCGGGCUGAUAAGAGGACUAGAGGUUGGCCCUCCCAGAUGUCAGAGCGGAGGGAGCCCUAAAUGCAACCAGCCUCCUGUUCUAUUCUUGCCUGCAAAAGAACAGAGGUUCCUCCUGUGCCCCUGUCCCUGGGAGCCAUUUUCUUUCCCUCAUGACCUCACUUCAAUCCUACCUAAUACCGGAAGGAGGUCUGGGGGUGGGGGAUCAAGGGCUGAGAUGUGGUCCCAAAGGGGCCAGAGAUCCCCAAAAUGGUCAAGGUGGCUUAGAAGUGUGGGUUAUGGUUUUCCUUGGAGUCUCUCCCCUUCUCUGCCAGCCGAGGCCCUGUGCUCUGUCUCCCAGUCCCCAGCCUAAGGAGCUGUGGGUUCCUUAUGAAACCCCACAAGGGAGUGCUGCAGAGAAGGGAGAGUUCAGGGCAAAUGCAAAGACUGGACUUAGCUCCCUAGGUGCCACGGUCAGUUGCCGGACACGGAUUUAUAUAUAAAUAUAUAUAUAUAAAUAUAUAUAUACCCACUCAUCACGGCCAUCUUUGUUGUAACCAUUUCUGUGUUUAUAAAUGCAUUAUCUCAGAAUUUUCAUAUUUGAUGUUUUGUUUAUUUUUGUCCCCUUUUUGUUUUUCUCCACCCUGUCUCCUGGCCAGCAACAUUUUUAUUUUUUUGUCUUUUUUUUUUUUUUUAAUCAUGGCAGAUUUCUGAGAAAAGAAAAAAUGGAAAAAAAAAAAAAUCAGGAAACAAGUUGUUAUAAAGCAAUUUAAAAUGAAGAAAAAAAAAAAGAAAAAACUUAUGUACAAAACCAAGGGGUGUUUUUAGAACCUUGUAUAGAAAUAAAUUCGUGUAAAAGGA